GGCUCUGGCAGGAGGCGCUCGCCGCGUUUGGUUGUCGCGGCGGCUGGGCUGGGCCGGCGGCCGGCGCGGUGCCCCGGCCCGGGGUGAGCAUGGUGCCCUAGUGCUGGGGCUAUGUCGGAGGCGGCCCGGAGCCUCCUGCAGCGCUGGGGCGCCAGCUUCAGGAAGGGCACCGACUUUGACUCCUGGGGGCAGCUGGUGGAGGCGAUCGACGAGUACCAGAUAUUAGCAAGGCACCUACAGAAAGAGGCACAGUCUCAGCACAACAACUCAGAAUUCACAGAAGAUCAAAAGAAAACCAUAGCUAAAAUUGCAACAUGCUUGGAACUGAGAAGUGCAGCAUUACAGUCCACCCAAGCACAGGAUGAAUUUAAGCUUGAGGAUCUGAAGAAGUUGGAACCAAUCUUAAAGAAUAUCCUCACUUACAAUAAGGAGUUCCCCUUUGAUGUUCAGCCUGUCCCACUCAGGAAGAUUUUAGCACCUGGAGAAGAGGAACAUUUGGAGUUUGAGGAGGAUGAUGAGGAAGGAGGAGCUGGAGCAGGGUCUCCAGACUCUUUUCCUGCUAGAGUUCCAGGAGCCAAUGAAGGUACUUUAUUACCCAGAUUGCCAUCUGAACCCGGGAUGACAUUACUCACCAUCACCAUAGAGAAAAUUGGUCUGAAAGAUGCUGGGCAGUGCAUUGAUCCUUACAUCACAGUCAGUGUAAAGGAUUUGAAUGGAAUAGAUCUGACUCCUGUGCAAGAUACUCCUGUGGCUUUGAGGAAGGAGGACACAUAUGUCCAUUUUAAUGUGGACAUUGAGAUUCAGAAACACAUUGAAAAACUAACUAAAGGUGCAGCUAUUUUCUUUGAAUUCAAACACUACAAGCCUAAGAAGAGGUUUACUAGCACCAAGUGCUUUGCUUUCAUGGAGAUGGAUGAAAUUAAACCUGGGGCAAUUGUCAUAGAACUGUACAAAAAACCCACCGACUUCAAAAGGAAGAAACUGCAGCUCUUGACCAAGAAACCACUUUACCUUCACCUCCAUCAAACGCUGCACAAGGAAUGACCCUAGCUGUGAGUUGUCUGUGAACUGAACCACCACUCAUGGUAGCUGUGUGUAGCAGCCUUAGCCUUCGAGGGACGGGAGAACAUCUGCAUUGGUGCCAGUAGGUCAGACGCGACCAUCACACUGCUCCGGGGUCAGAGGCAAGCCUCUUAGUAGUCAAGUGCAAGAUUGUUUCAGUACCUUCCAGCUAGAGGUUUUUUUCUGAGAGCCCUGAAAUAUGUUGACUGCUUUUCCUAGUUUUGCUGUUCAUCACUUGUUUUUCUCUUAACUGUUCCUACCCUUUUGCCUUGGGCUUCACCCAAGGAUGGAGACUGCCCCUUUGCCAGACCUGUAGCAAUAAAGACAUGGCAGGCCUACUAGGUCUCUAUGCUUGCUGUGCUAGUCUAGUUCCUCUCAUCUGCCUUUCAGAGUCCUCUCCAGUGGGCAGGGUAGCAGAAGAAAGAUGAAGUGGGAUGAGAAGAAGCUUGAAGAGCUGCAAGUGAUUUAAAGAGAGAGAAGGGAGUGGGGUGCUGGGUCAAGUAGGAUGGCCACAGAAGAGCUCCUCAGUCAGCUGUUCUGCUUUGGUCAGGCCAGGAGGAGGACAAGUGCAGAUGAGAACCUUGAACUAUGCUUUUAACAGCCUUGCCUGAUCCACUCGUACUGAGUGUUGGACACAAUGCCUGUUACAGUCCUGUUAUUCCUCAAUAGAGCUGAUUGGUUUCCUGUACCUUGUCCCAGAGUGAUUUGCAAGGGUGGGAGGGGGAUGCAAGAGAGGCUUCCUUCAGGGCUUCAUCCAUGAAGGAUGCUGUGCCAUUUUAGUGACAGCAAAGGGGCACACCCCUCAGCAUUUAAGCAUCAAUUUUCCAGAGCUUUUGGUCAAGUACAUCUGGCUAGCAGGUUGGACCCACCUUUCACAUGAAACUGCUGUUCUUAGGGAAACUGAUUGUCUGCAGUUCUCUGCAUGUUUUGUGCAAGUCUGGAAACUUACUCUAAAAAUUACUUCUUUUUUAUGUAAGUAGAUAGGAUUAUCCUUUAUUUUCUAUGUUUUUUUAUUUGGUGUGUAAUAAGCUGCAGGACAUUGGCUUAUGACACACUUGCAUUCAUCUUUUGACCUAAUAAAGGGACAGAAAUAGAACCCA